AUGGGCGGGGUGGGCAGACGUGAUCAAAACGGCUUCAUUUUUGAGCGUGUGAGGUGGGGACUUCACCUGCAUUCCCUACAGCGCACCCAGCGGGGCGGCUGCCCGUGGAAGUGGUUCUUCUUUCUGCCCCCACGCAGGACCUACCCCCGCCCGCACGAGUACCUGGACGUCUCUGCGCUCCCCGCCAGCUGGGACUGGAGGAACGUGAACGGCGUCAAUUACGCCAGCGCCACUCGGAACCAGCACAUCCCCCAGUACUGCGGGUCCUGCUGGGCCCACGGCAGCACCAGCGCUUUGGCAGAUCGAAUCAACAUAAAGAGAAAAGGUGCAUGGCCUUCUGCCUACCUCUCCGUUCAGAACGUGAUAGAUUGUGCUAACGCAGGAUCCUGUGAAGGUGGCGACCACUCAGGUGUUUGGAUGUAUGCCCAUGACCAUGGCAUUCCAGAUGAGACCUGCAACAACUACCAAGCUAAGGAUCAAAAGUGUAAGAAGUUUAACCAGUGUGGAACUUGCGUCACUUUUGGAGAAUGCCACGUGAUAAAGAACUACACUCUCUGGAAAGUUGCUGACUAUGGGUCUGUCAGUGGAAGAGAAAAAAUGAUGGCGGAAAUCUAUACUAAUGGACCAAUUAGCUGUGGCAUAAUGGCUACCGAAAAGUUGGAUGCUUACACUGGAGGACUUUAUACAGAGUACAACCCCUUGCCUACGGUGAAUCACAUCGUAUCUGUGGCUGGCUGGGGUGUAGAAAAUGGAACAGAAUACUGGAUUGUUCGUAACUCAUGGGGUGAACCCUGGGGUGAAAAAGGGUGGCUGAGAAUUGUGACAAGUGCAUAUAAAGGUGGAAGAGGAGCAGAGUACAAUCUUGCUAUUGAAGAGGACUGUGCAUAUGGAGAUGCUGUACUUCCUUGAUUCUAUAUUGGACAUCUUUCUGUUUAGGAACUACUUUGUUUGGAAGCUUCCCAGAACAACCUUUUUCUGUUUAAAGAAUAGUGGUCUAAAACUCUUUCACAGUUCAACACCAUCAGGCAGUUCUGCAAAAUUAGCCCAGAUAGCAACACACAAUGUCUUCAAAGUAAAAUAAACACAGAACUGCCUUUAGAUAACUUUACAGCUUAAAAAAAAAAGUAAUUUAACCCAUUAAAAAGUUGUCUGCCUUGAUGCACAAUAUUGAAAUCAUAUUGACUUAGUCACAGAAACUGUGUAUGUAAAUCUGUAUAUUUUUUAAAUAUAAAUUAUGUAGACAUACUGGGAAGGAAAAAGUAUACUCAAUAUUUGGGUCUAGAGCUUAUAUUAAAUUCUCUGACAGUAUUGAGCAAAUAAUAUCUCACAAUAAUGCAGAUGAAAGAACACAGCUAAGUCUGGACAUGAUAUAUUAAAAAAACUAAGUCCCCUGUUGUUUCCUUGGCCUCCCGGUGAAACAGCAUUGUUGGAAGUCUCAUAUAAUGCAGUUGCUUUUAUCCAACCAAAAUGAUACAAUGGGAAUUACUUUGAUCAAAAGACAAAGUCUAAACACUUCUUAGUUAAUUAGUCUUGUCUUUGCUCACAUUCCUUGCUUUAAGUGAUUGGCUGUGCCAUUUUUCCCCUAAAGGGGCAAAGCAUAAAUUGCUACAAGCCAGAACGCUUCACUAAUUUGAAGAAAGGUAGCAAAUUCUCUUCCUCAAAACUGAGCCAGUUACUAAGUGGCAAAUUGGUACCAUAUCAAUUGCUACUAACUGGCAUUGUUAAUUGCAUUUAAUAAAUGGAUGUUUUUCU